AUGUUUUGCACGGGGGGUACAGCUCAAACGACAAAUGAUAUCAAAACAAAUUAUAUACCAAAUGAAAGCUCAUCGAAAAUGGGAUUGAUGAGUAUAAUUGAUAUUCCGUAUGAUGAUUAUUGGCUGAUCCUAAGAUUAGUGUUAUUUUUAAAAGAUGCGCCACGAAAUACUCUACAAAACCAUACACAAACUUUAGUUUUAGAACUUCAAUCAAGAGAAUUACGUAAAUUAUACGAAAGGUGGAAAAAUUGAAAAUUUCGUAUAUCAGGUAUUUUGUUCGACUUGAAGUGUUUUCUUCUCCUAUCAUUUUCGCAAAAAGUGUAGCAAAAGUGAGCACUAGGCUCUUUUUUGUACUUUUGAAUAUGCUCUUUCUCGUGAUCUGUAAAAAGAAGUUUUAAAGCAG